AAUGCAGAGGAAACUGAUUUAUAAGUUUCCUCUUUGGUUUGUAAAGCCUGUUUUGGGACCUGUAGCCUGGAGAUUUCUUAGAGAUUUGGGAGGGAUGAAAAAUCUCCAAUCCUGGGCCCAUAUUUUGGUAGCAGCCAGCGUGCUGAUUGCACAGGUGUGUGCAGGCCUUUUUGUGGAGGCCAGGACAUGAUUCUGAGCUCCACCCAGGCAGACGGGAGGUCUCUGCCUAGGAGGCAGGAGGGCUCCACCCCGGCAGGCAGGAGGUCACUGCCUUGGAGUCAGGUGGAAGCCAGACUAGCUGUGUGCUAGAAGU